AUGACAGCUUUUAAUAUUCCUACAGGAGUGGUUGAUUGGACCUGUCAUUUGUUAAAAAACAGGAACCUCUUAUUAACUAAAGGAGACUCAGUCCUGAAAGGGACAGUCAACUCUGAAUGCCCCCAAGGAGGUGUUCUUUCACCCUUGCUCUGGUCCUUGGUGGUGGAUGAACUACUGAGAAUUCUGACCGAAGCAGGAUACCAUGUAAUUGGUUAUGCGGAUGACAUUUUGUUAAUCGUUCGCGGUCCUUACCUUGAAGUUAUACUCGAAGUGGCCCAAAAGGCGUUAAACCAGGUAGAUAUAUGGUGUGAGAAGGUGAGUUUAUCUGUAUAUCCGGGGAAAACGGAAGCGGUUAUCUUUACCAGACGGUACAAGUGGAAAGUCUCGUGCUCACUUACGCUGUCCGGAAAAGAGAUCAAAUACACAGAGCAGGCAAAAUGUCUAGGAGUAAUCCUGGAUAGCAAACUGCUUUGGAAAAAGCAUUUAGAGGAAAAAUGUAAGAAACUUACAGCUGCUCUUUGGCAAUGUAGAAGGGCCAUUAAUGGUAGCUGGGGUGUCAAACCGGAUACACUAUUGUGGAUCUAUGAAGCAAUUCUGCUCCCUAGGCUGACCUAUGCUUGUGUGGUCUGGUGGAGUAGAGUUGAGCUAAAAACAGCACAAACAGAAUUGGAAAGGGUAAGGGGGAUGGUACUUAGAGGCAUAACGGGGGCGGUGCGUACAACUCCUACUGCUGCCCUUGGUGCCCUCUUGGGGCUAGAACCCUUACACCUUACAAUUAAAGCAGCGGCGGUUAAGGCUGCCCUGCGGUUGAGUGGUCCUGUGGGCCGCAGGGAGGUGGGCAGAUGGCGUCUCCCAAAGAAAUUGGUGAUAAUCCCCCUUCUAAGUAUGAUUAGGGACAGAACUGUCCCUUUGUACCUCUUCGACAAAAAGUAUAGGAUUAAUAUACCUAGUAGAGAAGAUUGGAUAAAUGGACUGACAAGUAUUCCAGCUGACUGUGAAGUCUGGUACACAGAUGGAUCAAAAGGCGGGAAUGGAGUUGGUGCAGGAAUCUAUCAUGUAACAUUCCAAGUGGGACACUCCUUUAAGUUGAGGACCACUGUUUCUGUGUUACAAGCCGAAAUUGUGGCAAUAUUUUAUGGUGCUGUUGAAGCCUUGAAAAAUUGUCGCAACAAAGAUAUUUUUAUCCUUUCGGAUAGCAAGGCGGCCAUUUUCUCCUUGAAACGAUACGUAUCAACAUCACGGCUGGUCGGUGAUUGUCAUGAAGCACUUAACAAACUAGCUGAAACGAACCACGUUACCCUCCUGUGGAUCCCUGGUCACAGUGGAUUCGCGGGAAACGAUAGGGCGGAUGAGCUAGCCAAAGAAGGGGCUAGAAAACAACUUAUUGGACCUGAACCUCCCAUUGGUGUUUCCAACAAAUGCCUGACACUGGAAAUUAAACAGUGGAUAGCUGCGGAACACCAAAGGGAAUGGCAGGUAACUAAGGGCUGUAGACAAGCCAAGGUACUCAUGGGAAGUAGUAUUAACCCUAUGAGGAAAGCGGAAUUCCGCAAAUUAAAUAGAAAAGAGGCAAAGAUCAUAACAGGGCUAUUAACUGGCCAUGGUGAUCUGCGCUAUCAUAGGCACAAAAUGGGGAUCCUAGACGACCCGAAGUGCCGUAGGUGUGGAGAGGAAUAUGAAACCCCGAUACACAUCUUGUGUCACUGCCCUGCACUUGUGAAGGAGCGGGAACACAUUACGGGCUACUUCUUUCUGGGGGGAUACCGUUAUUGCUACCAGAAACCUGGCCGAAGUCCUCCUGUUGUGGAAAGGACUUCGGAUAUAGGGGUGGUUAUGGGGAACGUAAAGGGAUUACCCAAGCGUUAG